AGUGUAGAGCAUCCCCUCCACUAGGAUAUUUCGCGUUCGUCGUGCACCACACUGAGAUUACAGUCAGUGAAUGUACAACAUCGUGGGUGGGUGGAUGUAUAUACGCGCGGUGUGAGUGAUAGACUCUUGGUGGUGAUAUGGUGGUGGUGGUGGUGGUGGUCGGUGGUGGUAGUAGUGGUGGUGGUUGUUGGUCGUAUAUAUUAUGUAUAUAGUAUAUCGUAUGCCAUCGUCGUCUCUUAGGAAAUAGUUCAUGUUUUCUUUUUCUUUCUCAUUCGUGAUCGAGAAAGAAGAGGGACGAAUAAUCCGUUCGACGGUGGAUUCGUACGUUCCGGUUAGAUUCGGUCAAUUCGUUCUGUCGUGUGCGAGGACAGAAGACAUUUCUUUCGGGAGGAGGUUGCUAUUGCUGUUGCUGUUACUGUUGCUACUUUGGUUAUAUUUCGAGCGGAGAAACGCGAAGAGAAAUAUUAAUUCGUGCGUGCUCGGAAUUCGUUUCCCUUGGCCCGCAGGCGGUUAGCCUACGUGUGAGAGAGUUUCUGACGAUAUCGAGGAUAAAAAAGAUAAAAAAGGAAAAGAAAGAAAGAAGAAACAGAGAAAAGAAGAAAAGAUAAGAAUUGUUUAGGAUUAAAAUUGAUUUCUAGUGUUCUCGAUAAAAAUGCAUUUACAUUUUUCAUACGGAACGACAAUCGUCCUUGCGAUGAUGUUGUCCUGUCGUAUCACUUACGCUCAGGACGAAAUCAUCCUUCGAAGUCUAACUACUAUGGAGACUUGUAACGUCACCUCGGAUGGGCGAGGAUUCAUAUGUCGUGGACCAAAUUUUGUAUCAACUUUAAAGAGCCGGUCCUUUGAAAGCAUCGUUCUACGAUCACCGGCUAAUAUUACUAAACUUGACUUGACGAACAACAACAUAACGCGUGUAUCGGCGAAUGUUUUUCAUCAACUUUCUAAUCUCGAAUUUUUAUUGUUACGACGUAAUCACCUAUAUACAAUCCACGAAGAUGCAUUUGAAAAUUUAACGAAUCUUCGAGUAUUGGAACUUGAUGAUAAUUAUUUAACAGAAAUUCCUAUCGCCCUUAUGAAACUCGAUGCGCUCGAAGAUUUAUCCAUUUCCAACAACAAGGUACAAAUACUCGACGGUUAUAUAUUUCAAAGUAUGGAUAAUUUGAUAUCCCUCGAUUUACGUGGAAAUCCAAUUAAACAGAUAAACGAUAACACUUUUCAAAAUCUUCAUAAACUUCGUAAGUUGAUAUUGUCAGACAUAAAAGAAAUGAAAAUUUUUCCUAAUCUCAACGGAACGAGUUCUUUAGAGGUUUUGAAAUUAGACCGGGCACGGCUUAAAGCGAUCCCACCUGAUCUUUGCAUUCAAUGUCCAAAAUUGAAAAGUUUCGAUGUGAAAUCGAAUUAUUUGACAAAAAUCCCAAAUUUAAGACAUUGCCAUGACCUUCGCGUCUUAGAUUUGGCAAACAAUGCGAUCUCCUCGUUAUCCAAUGCACCCUUUAAAACUUUGAACAUGUUACAUGAUCUUCUAUUAGCAAAUAAUAAUUUAAAAACAAUUUCAAAAGAUGCAUUUUCUGGAUUAUCGAAACUUCAAGUUUUGGAUUUGGAAAGUAAUUACAUAGAUUACAUCGAUCCAGGUGCGUUUACAGAGACAGAAAAUUUGGAGGAUUUAAAUCUUGGAAACAAUGUGUUCCCAACUUUACCGGUUAACGGAUUAGCAGGGUUGUUACAUCUGAAAACUUUUAACAAUCCAGCUCUAAGACAAUUCCCAUCACCCGAUAAAUUUCCACGAGUGCAAACAAUGGUGCUUUCUUACGCUUAUCAUUGCUGUUCGUUUCUAUCGAUCGAAAUAGAAGACACCGUAACUCAGUCAUCAGUACGAGAAUCUAUUUUAUAUCCUAACGAAUUCGACAUGACUUUAUGGAACUCCAGUUUUGGAGAUGUUUGGCCUCAUCUAAAUAAUUUGAGCGAUAAGUUUGGGUCGGAACUAAACGAACUUUGGGAUAACUUUGGUCCAGAUUUUACAUAUUCCGGCAACGUACCUCCCUACAGCGAGGACUAUAUUGAGGAACAAAUUGGACAGAAUGCAGCAUCGGGACAAACAGUGCCUUCUCAUGUACAAUGUUUACCACAACCUGGUCCGUUUUUGCCGUGUCAAGAUCUGUUCGAUUGGUGGACGUUACGAUGCGGAGUUUGGAUAGUUUUUCUACUUGCUAUGCUUGGAAACGGUACUGUUGUAUUCGUACUAAUAUUUUCCCGGAGCAAAAUGGAUGUACCUCGAUUUUUAGUAUGCAACUUAGCUGCAGCUGAUUUUUUUAUGGGUGUUUACCUAGGUUUAUUGGCGGUGCUUGAUGCAUCCACAUUAGGAGAAUUCAAAAUGUAUGCCAUCCCUUGGCAAAUGUCGGCAGGAUGUCAAUUAGCAGGAUUUCUUGGUGUCCUAAGUUCCGAAUUGAGCGUCUACACUUUAGCUGUGAUCACAUUAGAAAGGAAUUAUGCAAUAACUCAUGCAAUGCAUCUUAAUAAAAGACUUUCAUUGAAGCAUGCCGUUUAUAUCAUGACGAUUGGCUGGGGAUUUGCCAUAUCGAUGGCUAGUCUACCGCUCUUUGGUAUUUCCGAUUACAGGAAGUUUGCAAUAUGUUUACCAUUUGAGACUAGUGGCACUGCAGCCUUAGUGUACGUAGUCUUUCUAAUGCUCAUCAAUGGAGUAGCAUUUUUAAUUUUAAUGGGCUGUUAUCUGAAAAUGUACUGUGCGAUACGUGGCUCGCAAGCAUGGAAUUCAAACGAUUCUCGUAUCGCUAAACGUAUGGCGCUACUUGUGUUCACGGACUUUUUGUGUUGGUCACCAAUAGCAUUUUUCUCGCUUACUGCAGCUUUCGGGCUACAAUUAGUGUCCUUAGAGCAAGCUAAGGUAUUCGCUGUUUUCGUCUUACCUCUGAAUUCCUGUUGCAAUCCAUUUCUAUAUGCUAUUUUAACGAAGCAAUUCAAAAAGGAUUGCAUUUUAAUAUGCAAAGCCAUCGAAGAGUCCCGCGUUACAAGAGGAAUCGGCAGAUGUCGGCAUAGUUCGAAUUUCAGUAACCGCCAAACCCCAGCUAAUACGAAUAGUCUGGUGGACAGAUCUUCUAAGGAACAUCAAGCACCAUGCGUCUGCACUUCGAAACUAUUGGAAACGAGCCAGUGCCCCAGUUAUCGAUGGUGGGGAACUAGAUUUCUCUGGCCUUGCGCGGCCGAUCAAAGACAACGUUAUACACGUAACGAUCACUACGCUUACCAAAUCGCUGAAAUACAACAGAAACAGCAUAAACGUGCUUCGUCGGUUUCCUCUAGCGAGAACUUCUCUUCAUCUCGUUCGGACUCCUGGAGACAAACUCAUCAUUGUGGUAUACCGUUGAGAUUAUUGGAUCCCAAACGAAGAACAUCCUCUUGGUUGGUAACUAGGAAACCAUCUCAAGAUUCCAACCUUAGUUCAUCCCGUAAUGACUCGUCGGGUUCAGCAGCUACCGCCAGCACCAGUACGUGGCGUAUGUCAAGAUCAACAGCCUCCCUAGAGAUCAGUGCACGCAACACUCCAAGACCUAUCAGGCCUAAGCCACGAUUGACGCGACAACUUGCGAUUCAAGAACCCGAACCACCUGCUUCACCGUGUAGAUUAGCAGUACGUUUGUUGGCUACUAUACCUUCGGCUGCUGAGAUGAGCGAACAGCAAGACGAAGAAAGUGCUGUUCCUAAAUAGAAACUAUAAUUAUAAUUAAAUAAGGAACGAUGCGAGACACGUUUCAGUAUUAAGAAUAAAUAACGAGAUACCUGCCAUGUUUUUUAUCCGAAUUUACGAAAUAGCGUACAAUAUAAUAUGCAUUUUCGAUUUUUAUAGGAAUCGACGUUAUCGCUUAGAUUAUUUGUAAAUAUUUAGGGAUAAGAUAAAGAUUUCAUAUUAUGCUUGCAUAUAAAUCAUAUAUAUAUAUGUACGAGGAGGAGAGAGAGGGAGGGAGGGAGGUAGGGAGGGAGAGAAAAAGAGAAGUAAUUUUAUUGAAAUAAUUGUCUUCGUCCUAUCCCCAAAUAUUAGUAUAAGCAAAUGGUAUAUUAUUACUUAAAUAGACCAUCGAAUAAUUUUAACGAUGGCUAGAGUUCAGUCAAAUACUGUAUAAUAUUGUAACGGAGUAGACUGUAAUACCAAUAUAGUUCCACCGCUCAAUGCGCGAGCAUUUGUUAUAUAUAAAAUAUUUGUUAUAUAAAUGAUUUAAAGUGUUAAAAAACAAAACAAACAAAAAUACGAAUUUAUAUCUAUGAUAAUUCAUGUUGUUAGUAUUUUCAUAUUACAAGACUGAUAGCAGUUUAUUUACUACAUAAUAUGAAGAGAAGCAUUCCAACAUGCGCGAGCACUAAUAAUAAUAAUAACGAUAAUAAUAAUAAUGCACUCUGGGACAUAACACAAUGAUUUUAAUCAGUUUGCAAAUAAUGCAUUUUUUAAUCAUAUUUAACAAAGCAUUUAGCCAUACAUCCGUUCUUUCUAUUUUUUUCCAAAUAAUUUCUCUGAGAGAGAUAUUAGAGUAAUAAUAAUGAUUAAAAUUUUAUUUAUAUUAUUUAACAUCCCAGAUUACGCAUUUUUUUUUUAAAUGAAACAUAAACCCUUCUUCUUAGGAUCCACGACAAAGACACAAAUGUUAAUAUCAUAAUCAAUAAAAAUGUAUGUUCUGUUGCUUCUUUUAGAUACGAUGCAUUACAAAAAAAAAACAUGUUAUGUAUAAAUAUAUUUAUAGUAUUUAUCGCGAUAUAAAAACUAAUUGAUAAAAAAAAAUUAAUUAAAAAAUAAAAUGAAGUCACUAUAAUAAACAUGUACGUUCAUAUUGUCGUGAAUGUAUUUUUUCAAUCGAUUACAACGAUUAGGUCAUGUACGGGAUGUUGCUGUUUAUGCAUAAGAAAAAUACGAGAAUAUAUAAGUAAAUGUUGUAGACGUAACAUCGUUCAUCUGUCCUAUGCGUUUUCGUCAAUUAAUUUCCUUCAGUAUUAAAAUGCUUGAAAUGAAAGAUGAAUGAAUAUUGUAUAAUGAUUUAAGGGAUAACGAAAUGUUACCUUUGUAUGCAGCCAAAGUUACGAUAAAAGGAACCACAUCAUUUAACGAUCAACCGAUUAUUUAUUGCAAUGUAAAAUGAAAGUGGAUAAAAUAUUUCUAUUUAAUAAAACAAAAUUAUCUCUCAAUCUUAUGUACAAAGAGAGAGUAAAAUAUUUAGAAAAAUAAUAUUCGUCAUAUAAAAGAAUUUCUGAAAUCGAAACAGCAAAUUGAAAAUAAAUUUAUUCUAGUCACAUAUUUACUAGACAUCGUCGUAUAAAAACAAAGGAACUUUCUCUUUUCUUUUUUUUUUUUUUUCUUUUUUAUUCCACUAAUUCAAGAUAGUAACUAUGACCAAAUUUCAUUCUGCACAUGACACGUUAAAUAAUUCUAUUUAACGAGAGCAAACGCACGUGUUCACAAUACGUUUGAAGGCUGCCAUACUUUUUAGGAAUAAUAAUGAAUUCUUCAAUAAACAUGUUUGAUUAAUUAAUAGCAUAGCAAACAAAAAUGGGUGAUAAGAAUUUCGUACUAUAAACAAUAUUCUAAGAAUAAACAAUUUACAUUUGUAAGGUGCCAAUAAAUUUAUCUUCUACAUUAAGGUGUAGAAAAAUAUAGAUCGAUAAUGAAAGAAA